AAAGUUAACACAUGUAUGCACAACCACACAUCAAGAAAAAUAUCAAUGUCUAUGCUCAAUUGCUCAUGGUUAGGAUUACAAAGAAAUUAGUCUUUUGGAUCUAUGUUAAUCCAACAGAAAUAAUUCCAUCAAAAUUAUCAGCAAACAAAUAUAACCAUAGAGUAAUCAAUAAUGUUACUGAUAGUUCCUUCUAAAGUAAAGAACAAACUAAUAGGUACAUUCUAGUCAAAUGCUCAAAAUCAAAUUACAUAUAAAAUAGAGCAACUCAAAACAGAUCAAAACUGGGGAGUGAAAAUAUCAUUCAACAAUAGUUGUCCAGAUACAAAAGAGAAAAACAAAAUAAGAACUAAAAAUCAAAAUGACAGUGGAAUGGGAAAGGGUUGCCUCUUUCAGUAUGUAAAUCGGCAGAAUACAAGAUUGUGACAUUUGAAUGAUAGGUACACUUAUGGCCAUAAUUGGAAUGGGAAAGGAUUCCUAAUUUGAAGUUACUAUAAUAGAACUAGCAGACAGAAAUUUAUGUGCAAAACAAACUAUAUACACACACAACAAACUUUCUUCCUAAUCUCUUAUAUCAUUAUCCACAUGCAAAUAAAAUUUAUAAGUGCAUAUAUAUGAAGAAAUAACAAUACAUACAACGUGACUCAUUCUCAUCCUAUGCUGUGAUUCUCACCUUAUCAAAAUACAGCUCAUUACUAUCUUAUUAUAAUCAUCCUAGUCACCAUAAUAUACAUAGAGAGAAAGAUAUCAGAAGAACCAAUAAACAUCAUAACCCCAACUGCUAUAUCAGAAGGAAGAGAGUGGUUUUUAUCAUCACUGAACAGAAACCAAAGCUUAAGGCAUGUCCACAUUUCUACAAAGUUCUCUUUCACAUGAGAUCUUCUCUUCAUUCCCUAUGUUUUUCUUCACUAUCUUUCCGCUAUUCCUUAUUUCUCUUUUCUUCAUCAUCAAAUGGUAUUUCAGCAAUUCUGUCACCACAAGAAACUCACCACCGUCACCUCCAAGAUUGCCUCUACUUGGUAAUCUCCAUCAACUUGGCUUAUUCCCUCACCGAUCACUCCAAAACUUUUCUCACAAAUAUGGCCCUUUAAUGCUUCUUUAUUUUGGUAAGGUUCCAGUACUUGUGGUUUCCUCUGCUGAUGCAGCUUCUAAAGUAAUGAAAACUCAUGACUUAGUUUUCUCUGAUAGGCCACAACGUAAAAUCUUCGAUAUCCUUUUAUAUGGUUCGAAAGAUGUGGCAAGUUGUGCAUAUGGUGAGUAUUGGAGACAAGUAAGGAGUCUCAGUGUGUUACACCUUCUUAGUAACAAAAGGGUUCAAUCUUAUCAUCAUGUGAGAGAGGAGGACACUUUAAGAAUGAUGGAAUAUAUUAAGGAAUGUUGUUCUUCUGCGUCACCGUUGAAUUUAAAUGAUUUGUGUUCUACAAUUACUAAUGAUAUAAUAUGUAGGGUGGCUUUUGGAAAAAGAUACCGUGAAGGAAGAGAGAUGAAAUUGCAGGAGGCGUUGUCUCAGUUUGAGGAGUUAUUUGGUAGUGUAUGUAUAGGAGACUAUAUACCUUGGCUUGAUUGGUUGGGGAAAGUUAAUGGUUUUUAUAGCAAGGCAGAAAAAUGUGCCAAAUAUUUGGAUGAGUUCAUGGAACAAGUUAUUGAGGAGCACAUUAGUCGUUGGUCUGAUGGAGAUGUUAGUGUUGAUAGUGAGGAUCAGAAUGAUUUUGUGGAUGUUUUGCUUUCUGUUCAAAAGACUAAUGCUAUUGGCUUCCCAAUUGAUAGAACUGUAAUCAAGGCUUUGAUACUAGACAUAUUUGUUGCAGGUACAGACACUACCUACACAGUACUAGAAUGGGCGAUGACAGAACUAUUAAGACACGAAACUGUGAUGCAUAAAUUACAAGAUGAGGUGAGAACUGUGGUUGGCAACAAAACUCAUGUAACUGAAGAGGAUUUGGUUAACAUGAACUAUUUGAAGGCCGUGAUCAAAGAGACACUUCGCCUUCAUUUACCAGUUCCGCUAUUAACCCCUCGGAAAUGUAUGGAAGAUAUCCAACUAGAUGGUUAUGACAUUGCAGCUGGAACACAUGUAAUUAUCAAUGCUUGGGCUAUUGCUAGAGACCCUUCAAGUUGGGAAGAACCUGUAGAGUUUAAACCAGAAAGGUUUAUGAACAGUUCAAUUGAAUUUAAAGGAUUGGACUUUGAACUUAUCCCAUUUGGAGCAGGAAGAAGAGGUUGUCCUGGAGUGGUGUUUGCUAUUGCUGUGAAUGAAUUGGUGUUAGCAAACCUUGUUUACCAAUUUGAUUGGAAAUUGGCUGAUGCUGUAGAAGGGAAGGAUUUGGACAUGUCUGAAACUUUUGGCCUUACUCUACAUAGAAAAUACCCUCUACUUGCAGUAGCUACUAAAUAUGACAGAAAUAGAUAAACAGUUACAAUAUAGCCAAGAGGCUAAGAAUGACAUUUUUAAAUAAUGUGAAAAACUGAAAAUAGUUUGUAAUCAUAUUUUAAUUUUUAUGUGUUAUUGUUAUUAACUAUAAUUGAACAAUGAAUAUUGAUGUUUGACUA